GGCGCCGGCGCCAGCUGAGAGCGGAGCGGUAGCGGGUCUAGCGAGAUUUCACACACCUGGAAGAAGAGAAUGUCAAGACGCAGUAGCCGUUUACAAGCCAAGCAACAGCCCCAGCCCAGCCAGACGGAUUCCCCCCAAGAAACCCAGAUAAUUCAGGCCAAGAAGAGAAAAACAGCUCAGGAUGUCAAAAAAAGGAAAGAGGAGGUCACCAAGAAACAUCAGUAUGAGAUUAGGAAUUGUUGGCCACCUGUGUUAUCUGGGGGGAUCAGUCCUUGUAUUAUCAUUGAAACACCCCACAAAGAAAUAGGAACAAGUGACUUCUCCAGAUUUACAAAUUACAGAUUUAAAAAUCUUUUUAUUAAUCCUUCACCUUUGCCUGAUUUAAGUUGGGGAUGUUCAAAGGAUGUUUGGCUAAACAUGCUAAAAAAAGAGACCAGAUAUGUUCAUGACAAACAUUUUGAAGUUCUGCAUUCUGACUUGGAACCACAGAUGAGGUCAAUACUUUUAGACUGGCUUUUAGAGGUAUGUGAAGUAUACACACUUCAUAGAGAAACAUUUUACCUUGCGCAAGACUUUUUUGAUAGAUUUAUGUUGACACAAAAGGAUAUAAAUAAAAAUAUGCUUCAACUCAUUGGAAUUACCUCAUUAUUCAUCGCUUCCAAACUUGAGGUAAGUUCUCAAGGAUAUGAAAAGCUUACAUAUGGAAUUGAAGGAACUACGCUUUUAGAUCUGUGUAUUCUAGCCAUCGAUUCAUUAGAGUUCCAGUACAGAAUAUUGGCUGCCGCUGCCUUGUGCCAUUUUACCUCUAUUGAAGUGGUUAAGAAAGCCUCAGGUUUGGAAUGGGACAACAUUUCUGAAUGUGUAGACUGGAUGGUGCCUUUUGUCAGUGUAGUAAAAAGUACUAGUCCUGUGAAGCUGAAAAUUUUUAAGAAGAUUUCUAUGGAAGAUAGACACAAUAUCCAGACACAUACAAAUUAUCUGGCUAUGCUGGAUGAAGUAAAUUACGUAAACACCUUCAGAAAGGAGGGACAGCUGUCACCAGUGUGUAGUGGAGGCAUUAUGACACCACCGAAGAGCACUGAGAAACCACCAGGAAAACACUGAAGAAGUUAACUAAGCAAACAAGCUGGAAUUGACUGAGUAUUGGGUAGAAUUUCAUAGAACUGAACUACUAAAGUUUUCAGAAAAGUAGUGCUAUGACUGUCCUGGCCAAUUCAGAAGUUUCACUGCCAUUCUUUGAAUUUAAAAAAACUACUUAAAAUUGGCAUUAAGGAAGAAAUUCCUAGGUUAGCUGUUUAAACAGCAGGAUUGUUUA